AAACACUCGUAUUUUGACGCCCAAGGUACGGUCAUACUGCAGCCCCACGCCAAACAAUUGUUUGUCUUGCAAAUUUAUAAAAUUGCACAUAAAAUGCCGGAAGAAAUUGCGGACGACAAGCGUAGCCACUUGCCUUGGAUUGAGAAGUACCGCCCGGCGAAGUUCAAGGAAAUAGUGGGAAAUGAGGACACAGUUGCUAGACUAUCGGUCUUCGCCACCCAGGGAAAUGCACCGAACAUUAUUAUUGCGGGUCCUCCUGGCGUGGGCAAGACCACCACCAUCCAGUGUCUGGCGAGGAUCCUCCUGGGAGAUAGCUAUAAGGAGGCCGUCCUCGAGUUAAACGCCUCCAAUGAGCGAGGUAUCGAUGUGGUGCGCAAUAAGAUCAAGAUGUUUGCCCAGCAAAAGGUGACGCUGCCCCGCGGAAGGCAUAAGAUUGUGAUCCUCGACGAGGCGGACAGCAUGACAGAGGGUGCCCAGCAAGCCUUGCGCCGCACCAUGGAGAUCUAUAGUAGCACCACGAGAUUCGCCUUGGCCUGCAACACCAGCGAGAAGAUCAUUGAACCCAUCCAGUCGCGAUGUGCCAUGCUGCGAUUCACCAAACUUUCCGAUGCCCAGGUUCUGGCCAAGCUAAUCGAGGUGGCCAAGUGGGAGAAGCUCAACUACACGGAGGAUGGCCUGGAGGCCAUAGUCUUCACCGCCCAAGGUGACAUGCGACAGGGCCUGAACAAUCUUCAGUCCACCGCCCAGGGAUUUGGAGACAUCAAUGCCGAGAACGUGUUCAAGGUCUGCGAUGAGCCGCAUCCCAAGCUCCUGGAGGAGAUGAUCCAUCACUGUGCCGCCAACGACAUCCACAAGGCCUACAAAAUCCUGGCCAAGCUGUGGAAGCUCGGUUACUCCCCGGAAGACAUCAUAGGAAACAUAUUCCGCGUCUGCAAGCGCAUCAACAUCGACGAGCACCUAAAGCUGGACUUUAUCCGGGAGAUCGGCAUCACUCACAUGAAGAUCGUCGAUGGAAUCAACUCGCUUUUGCAGCUCACCGCCCUGCUGGCCAAACUCUGCAUAGCCGCCGAGAAGCAUUAGCUUUUAUGAAAAACUUUGUUUAGGGUCCCUUAGAUUAUGGUCAAGUUACUGAAUAAAUUUGUGGAAUGAAUUUACA